CAUGAAAGAAAAAAUUGGAAAAUCUAGUCUUAAGAAUUUCUAUAAACGAAUUUAUCGGGGGAAUAUCUUGUGUUUAAGUUAUUAAUUAGUUAUUAAUUAAUAUUUCAAUCGCUGAAGAUUAUUCAUCAGGAAUUUUCCACGGAUGUCACUCGUUUUAUUGAAUAAUAUUUUGAAGAUUAAUCCACAAGUGAGAAGAUUGAUAGGAAAAUUGAUAAGAAUAAAUCUAGAUCCGCAAUCAAUAAAAAGCCCACGUAAAUUGAAAACUUUCACAGAACUUCACACAGAUAAAAUUUACAAAGCAAAAGAUUUUUCAUUGCCAAAAAUAAUUCAACAAUAAUAAUAAAAAGCCAUAAAUUCCCUUUGUUUAAAAUUCUUAAAACUCGAGUGAUGAAUAAACCGAAUUUUUCUAGGAGUAACUCCAGAUUUUUUAUCAAAAAAUGAAUUAAUUCACAAUUAUCCUCCAAAAAUCCAGAAAAAUGUCAUGACUUCACCACUGGAUGAGUCGAAAGCGUUUGUAAUUGCCUCGUAUUACACUCCAAUUAAAAUCCCGAGUCAUGAGGGCAGAAAAAAGUAAACACGCGCGUUUGACAAUAGAUUAGAUACAGAGGAAUUAUCAUGGGCUCGUUAAAAAAUUGUUUGGAAUGCACACAGUUCAUUGCCAAUGCAAAAUGCAAACUAGAACAUGUUGAUCCGCAAUAUGGGACAAGCCCCAAUGAAACACCCACUAUUUCCAGUAAAUAUUAGCUUUAGACACCACUGAGAUGAGAUCAGUAUAUAUAAUGGCUUUUGGUUCUGCUCGGCUCCUCUUGUUCUCAGUUUAUUAUCAGUUUUAGUGGAGUACUCACUGGAGAUGGCACGCGCGUAUUUUUUCGAUUUCUUAUCAUAAACCGCUUUAUCGUUGUCAAGAACUAUUUUUUUAUUGAGCAAUAGCGCAUUUUUGUUUAGAUGUCUUCUAGUUUCAAGAUAGUACAUAGUGAAGUCCGGAAUUAUGUUGAAACUGGGGCAUUUAUCACGGACACUACAUCGUACAGACUCCAUGGUGUCGCUCUGCUACCGAUCCCUCGCCACCUACAUCGCUGAAGACAAUCUCCAAGGUCUUCAAGGAUUCCUUGAAGUCAAAAGAAUUGCCAUUGACGAUCGUGAUGAGAAUGCCAGUACAGCCCUCAUAUACGCCUCCUCUAAAGGAAAGAUUCAAUUUGUUCGCGAGCUCAUCAAUCAUGGCGCCGACGUCAACGCUGAAGAUGCAGACAAUUGGACAGCACUCCUCUGUGCCUCGAAGGAGGGACACACGGAUGUAUGUCUGGAGCUGCUGGAUCAUGGGGGAGAUCUGGAGCACAGAGACAUGGGUGGAUGGACAGCCCUGAUGUGGGCAACCUACAAAGGAAGACUCGUUACCGUCAAGUUCCUGUUGUCACGAGGUGCUGAUGUCCACGCCCAUGGCAACUACCACAUCUCCUCAUUACUCUGGGCAUCAGGAAGAGGCUACACGGACAUCGUCAGAGAACUGAUAGCUUACGGUGCGAAGGUCAACGUUGGAGACAAAUAUGGAACGACAGCGUUAGUGUGGGCAUCACGCAAGGGCAAUCUUGAAAUCGUCGAUGUACUGCUGAAGGCUGGGGCUAACGUCGACACCGCAGGCAUGUACUCCUGGACAGCUCUGAUUGUUGCAGCUCUUGGGAAUCAUGUCGAUGCGGUGAUGCUUCUGCUGGAACACAAGCCAAACGUCAAUGCUCUCGACAAAGAUGGUAACACAGCAUUGGCGAUAGCUUCUCGUGAAGGUUAUCACGAAAUCGUCAGUGCUCUUCUAAAUGCCGGGGCCUACAUCAACAUUCAGGAUCGAAAUGGUGAUACGAAUCUCAUCCACGCGGUGAAGGGCGGCCACCGGAGUGUCGUUGAAGCUUUACUGAAGAAAUAUGUUGACGUCGAUGUAGCUGGGAAGGACAAGAAGACCGCGACGUACAUUGCAGUGGAAAAGGGCAACGUACCAAUUCUCAAAAUGCUGUUGAAUGCCAAUCCUGAUCUUGAGAUUGCCACGAAGGACGGCGACACUCCAUUGCUAAGAGCUGUGAGAUCUCGAAAUGCCGAAAUCGUGCAGCUGCUGUUGGACAAGAAAGCGAAGGUUUCUGCAACCGAUAAGAAAGGUGAUAGUGUCCUUCAUAUUGCCAUGCGUGCGCGGUCAAAAGCUAUCGUUGAGAUUCUUCUCCGAAAUCCGAAGAACAGCCAACUCUUGUAUCGACCAAAUCGCCAGGGCGAAACGCCUUACAACAUCGAUAUAAAGCACCCGAAGACGAUAUUAGGUCAGAUAUUUGGGGCUAGGCGAUUGAAUACUAAUGAAGACAAUGAGAACAUGCUGGGGUAUGAUCUCUAUAGUAGUGCACUAGCUGAUAUUCUCAGUGAGCCAUCGCUCUCGACACCGAUUACGGUCGGUCUUUACGCUAAAUGGGGAUCUGGAAAAUCAUUUCUACUGAACAAACUGAGAGAGGAGAUGAAAAAUUUUGCGAGACAGUGGAUCGAUCCGACGUUUCAAUUCUCAUCUCUGCUAUUUUGUUCCGCAAUUCACGUGUCUUUGUUCCUGGGAGUGAUGAUGGGGCUUGCACUCCAGUCGUGGAUCGUAGGUGUUUCCCUCGGUGGUACUGUUUUCUGCACUGUCUACAUCUGCCUGAUCCUCGUGUGGUAUGCCAACAAGAAAUACGACUGGUACUGGCCGUACAACUUCACCGUAGCCCUGACCAAAAAACUUAAUUCCUUCAAGCUUCUGUUGCAGAUUAUAUUCUGUCACCCACCGGGUGGGAGAAUCAAUACCGAUCCUUCAGAGAUAACAACCACCAUUCAGCCGAUAAAAUUCUACUUCACAGAUCAGACGAGAGUUGGUACGACAACAGCGGGGGAGAAUGCUGUUGUUCAGAUGGUCGGCUCGCUUUACGAUUCAAUAGAAAAUGACUUUGGAUCUCUCGCCACGAGAUUGUACCGUGCAUUUCGGCCGAAACCUGUGAAGUCGACGACGACCUGGACGUGGAGGCACCUCUGCUGUCUCCCCUACAUCGUCAUAUUCGAGUUCUGCUUCCUGAGUUUGCUCAUCGGCAUCUCGACUCUGACAAUUUACUUACUGGAUACAUCCAACAAAAUACCACCCAUUCUGACCAUCAACGUGACUUCAUCUCAGAACGAAUCACUACAUCUCAACCCUAAACCACCAGAAGAACCCAUCAUAGAUCCCGUUACAGCGUACAUCAUAAUGGGAACUGUUGGUCUCAUCCUAGCCUUCAGUAUAAUCGCUAAUCUCUACACCUGGAGCAGAAUCUUCCAUUCGUUACUGUUCUCACAAAGACGUCAUCUCCAUCGAACAAUAGCCAAACUGGAUUCCUUGAAGAGCGAAGGCUUCAUCCAAACACUGAGAUCUGAAGUCCAUCUAAUGACUGAAAUGGUCAAGUGCUUGGACAGCUUCACAGCUCAGCAGAGUAGAUUAGUUUUAAUCGUCGACGGACUAGAUAGCUGCGAACAGGACAAAGUCCUGCUUGUUCUCGACGCAAUGCAGGCCCUCUUCAGCGACAACAACUGCCCCUUCCUCGUCAUCCUGGCGAUAGAUCCCCACAUAAUAGCUAAAGCUGUGGAGCUGAAUAGCCGUAGAAUCUUCGCCGAGUCGAACAUCGGAGGUCAUGAUUACCUCCGCAACAUGGUCCACCUUCCCUUUUACCUUCAGAACAGUGGCUUGAGGAAAGUCAAGGUUGCCCAGCAGACUGCUCAAUUCAUGAGUAAAAAGACUGGUGGCUCUUGGAAUUAUGAAUCUGCAUGUGGCGAUGAUAAUUACGCAACCACCAGCGCAACGAUACAGCAUUCAAUCUCCAACAGAAGAUUGAGCACUGAAUCUAGUGUAAUUAUGAACAGCAACGAGAAGCUCAAACCGCCCAGUAGAAAAGGCAGCCGAAAGAUGCGUUUGAGUGAGUCAAUCGCUUCUAGUAUUGGCAGCAAUUUGAAUCGUUUGGGAGGUGCGCAAGAUCUCAACAAGAUGCUUUUGACUGAUGAUUACUUUAGUGAUGUCAAUCCCAGGAGCAUGCGACGUCUCAUGAAUGUUGUUUAUGUCACUGGGAGGCUUUUGAAGGCAUUCCAAAUUGAUUUCAAUUGGUAUCACCUUGCCAGCUGGAUCAAUAUCACUGAGCAGUGGCCCUUCCGAACCUCCUGGCUUAUAUUGUUCUACGAUAUGUAUGAAGAGAGCUACGAUGACUCGACAUCCCUGAAAACUCUGUAUGAUAAAGUCCGGCCUCAGAUACCGGUGCUCAAGGAUGCACAGCCUCUCUUGGAGAUGGACCGGGACGAGAGGAAGCUUGAUGUCUUUUUGACGUUUCAUCGGUCAAGUCUGCUUGUCAGCGAUAUGAAGAUCUUUCUACCGUUCACUAUCAAUCUCGAUCCGUACAUCAAGAAGAAGAUUAAGGAGGAGCAGCAGGGCAUCGAGGAAGAUCCUCUUCAUCAGAAUAUUUUGAUUAACAAUGGGGGACUGCUGUUGAAUAAUCCGUGGCAGGGGAAUCCCGGCUCGGGGACUCUCUCCAAUCGACAAGGGAAGAUCAAUAGAAAUCAUAAUCUCAAUUCUGGGAUCUUGCAUCCGAGUAUACCGAAUAUUCCUAGUCAUCCUGGGCUCAAUCCUUGGCCCAUUAUGCCACCGAUUUAUGGGUGGAUGCAGGGGUAUCAGCAGAAAGUCUCAUCGGCAGCUAGUGCAUUGCCAUCGGAAGUGAUGGAUGUCAGGCUGUCUAGGGCGUCAGUUCAGGAAAUUUGCAAUCUUCUGGGGAAAAUUGAGGAACUCAAUACUGGAAAUGUGGAGAAGUAUAGAAGUAUUAUUAGGGAGAAUAAUGUUAAUGGGAAAGUCUUGCUGCAUUGCGAUUUGGCUGAGUUGAAAGAGGUACUAAAAAUGUCCUUCGGUGACUGGGAACUAUUUCGAAUGGUCGUGACAACAUUACGAGACCACGAAAUUAAAAUACUCAGUCAAGAUGAUGGUUCUCGUAGUGUUCGAUUCACUGUUGGUACAGAGCACGGUGGCCACAAGGAUCAGAGGAUGGAGUCGCACAGCAAUCAUCAGCGUGUCUCCAUUCAUGUUGAUAAGGAAAAAUCCACGAGCAGAACUGAUGGCCCAUCGAGGCGUGAUCAGGUGAAGCAUUCCGUUAUGGAGAAACAGUUUCAGGUAACACUGGAAGAGCAGAUGAUCUGUGGGGCUCUUCAGACUCUGAAUGAAGAAGCUUGUGAGGAUGUUUUAGAUGUACCAUCUCCGUCUGCUGUUCAGCCAGACUCACUAGCAGGAGCGGAUCGUCCUCGAUCCCUGAGCAUCACGAGAGCUCCAGACACCGAUUACGUUCUCCUCCAGCCAUCGCCAAUAUUCCACUGGGCUCCAGUUCCAGAUGAUCCUGACAGCUCUGACGAAAGCUCGCAGGAUUCCCUGGUGCACCUGCAUCGAACAAAUUCCCAGAGGAGUGUUACCUCUCAAAUCAGCCUUGACCCCGAGGCUUCAGAUCGCAAGACACGAGGGAAAAGCCGUCCCAACUCCAUCCUGAUAUCACCUCCAUCAUCUCCAAGGUCCUCCCCCCGACCGAGACCCAGUGACGAUCACCCAUCAGUUAAGAUAACUAAAAACACAAUUUGCAGUAACAGUAGUAAUUCCUUGAGGUCGUUGAGGCCCUCGAUGUCGAGGAUUGACGAGAGUGUUGACAGAAUUGAAAUAAAUGUCACGGUACCAUCGCCUGAGAGUCCCCUGGAUGAACUGGAGAAUAUCGUUAUUGAUGAUUCUAAUCAGAAUGACCAGAGCGAUGAUGAGUCGACUCCUCUGGUCUCUCAGGUCUCGUCACCAGUUUGUGUUCAGAUCACGAGCUCUGGGAGUAAUCGAAAUGGGGAUAAUGGCCAGAGCUUAGUUAAUGACUGCAGUGAUGAGGCUGUUAGUCUUGUUAUUCGAGAGACUCUUGAUGGAAAACUGUCGCGACAAAACGCCGAGGGCUGGGAUAGCCCAGAGACUCCAGUAUAAUUUUUCCCCAGGGCCUGUGAAAUUGUGUUAGUAAAUGUUAUCAGUUUACAUUUAGAUUAAGACGUAUUUAUGUCUUCAGUGAGAAUGUUUUGGAUUGUUUCCAUUUUUUUUGUAAAUGAUUAUGUGCAGAGCGGAUUGAAUAAUUUUGUUGGGCUCGCGGGAGGAAAAUUCAGGAAACUUCAGAAAAAUUCAGGACAGUUUCCGUUUUCUGUGGGGCUUACAGAUAUUUCAUUGAAAUAUUUAUGAAUGACGAUUUAUUUUUUAGGGUCUUACAGAGAUCGGAGCGAAUUCUAUCAUAAAUAAAACAGAUUUAAAAUAAAAAAUCGAACCUGUCGAGGUGAUAAGACCUUUUUUCAUUAGAAAAAUGGAAGAAUUUGGGUUUCGAACGAUAACUUUAUCUUUUUCCACGUAAAGUAUUUAUGAUAAAGAUAAAUGUAUAGACUUUUCCGGUUAAUUCUACAGUUUUAUUUUCUUUCUUGUCCAACAAUUGUGUAUUCACGUGAUAAUGAACGGCCUAAUUUCGAAUUCAUUUCCAGAAUGCGUGAAAGAGUGAAAAGAUACUUCAGUUACUUCAGUUAUAUUUUUUGAUUAAUGAGAAUGCAUGGGAUAGAAUGGAUUUUAAAAAUAUUCAGAAUUGAAAGGAAAAAAUCUAAAUUUUCCUUUCGGAAUUGAAAAUUGAAAGAAUCUAUUUGACUCUGGAUUUUUCUCCGUGCGUUGACCCUCGAUCUCUCCUAGAUAAUUACAUCUCAAUGAGAUGUUAACGUACAAAACAAAAAUGGCACAGCUCAAGAAUUAAAAUUGUAAUAAUUAUGAACUCAGUGAUGAAUUAGAAUAAACAGGUGUCAGUCAGUGGUCAAUGCUCAAUUUUUCCAUAAUAAAUUUCUCAAAAAAAAAAACCGUCAUGUCAACAU